AUGUCUGAUCAGCAACCCUCUGAAACCGUCGUUCCUGUCGAAAACGUCAUCCCUGCAAGUGCAAAAGAAGGUGGUAGAGAAACUUCCGAUAAAGUUUUAUACAUUGGAAAUUUGGAUAAAUCAAUCAAUGAAGACGCCUUAAAACAAUACUUCCAGGUAGCAGGCCAAAUAGUAGACGUCAAAGUCAUGGUAGACAAGAAAAACAACCACGUCAAUUACGCCUUCAUUGAAUAUUCUACUAAUCAUGACGCUAAUGUCGCUUUACAAACUUUAAAUGGUAUUCAAAUUGAAAAUAAAAAUAUUAAAAUCAAUUGGGCUUUCCAAUCUCAAACAAAUUUGAACGAUGACACUUCUUUCAACUUAUUUAUUGGUGAUUUAAAUGUUAAUGUCGAUGACACCACUUUAGCCAACGCUUUCAAAUCAUGCCCUGGUUUCUUACAAGCUCAUGUCAUGUGGGACAUGCAAACUAGUAGAUCAAGAGGUUACGGUUUCGUAUCUUUUGACACCCACGAAAAUGCUCAAGCCGCAAUGGACCAAAUGCAAGGUCACGAAAUUAACGGCAGAGCCAUCAGAAUAAACUGGGCUACCAAACGUGAAAAUAUGAAUAACAAUAGCAAUAACAAUACGAAUAACAAUAAUAAUAAUAACCAAGUACGUAACAGAAUGAUGAUGGAAGGUCAACAAAACAUGCCUCCUCCACCACCUCCAAUGGGCUCUCUUCCUCCUGUCAACCCACAAGCUGUCGAAGACAUGAUAAGAAGAGCUCCACCAAGAGUCACCACUGCUUACAUCGGUAAUAUUCCACAUUUCGCCACUGAACCAGAUUUAAUUCCUCUUUUACAAAACUUCGGUUUCAUCCUAGACUUCACCCAUUACCCAGAAAAGGGCUGCUGCUUCAUCAAAUAUGAUACCCACGAACAAGCCGCUGUCUGUAUCGUAGCAUUAUCAAACUUCCAAUUCCAAGGAAGAAACUUAAGAACCGGCUGGGGUAAAGAAAGAUCCACCUUCAUCCCUCCUCAAGGUAUGAUGCCUCCUCCAAUGAUGACCUCCGAAGGAGAACAACAGCAACAGCAACAGCAACUCCAACCUUCCGAAUAG